GGCCGGCCGGAAGCGAAGGCCGAGAGGAGAAUGGCGGAGGGGGAGGUGUCCGAGGGCUGCCGCCUGCCCGUGCUGCGCCGGAACCAGGACAACGAGGAUGAGUGGCCGCUGGCCGAGAUCCUGAGUGUGAAGGACAUCAGCGGGAGGAAGCUGUUCUACGUGCACUACAUCGACUUUAACAAGCGCCUGGACGAGUGGGUGACCCACGACCGGCUGGACCUCAAGAGGGUCCAGGUGCCCCGGAAAGAGGCCAAGACCCCGACCAAGAACGGCCUGCCCGGAUCCCGGCCCGGCUCCCCUGACAGGGACCCGAGGAAGAGCCUGGAGCUGGCGCUGCCGGUGGCCCCCGCCAGCGGGAAGAGUUUGCCAGGGCCACCGGGGCCACCGGCGGGGCCAGCGGGGCCACCAGGGCCGGGGCCCAUCACGCUCCGCUUUCACCUGCCCAAGGAGAGCGAGGCCGAGCCCCCCCCGGGCCCCCAGCGCCCCACGAAACGCAAGGUCGAGGUGGUGUCUCCAGCCACGCCCGUCCCUGCCCCCACCGAGACCUCCCAGGCCUCCGUCUUCCCCCAGAACGGCUCCGCGCGCCGGGCGGUGGCGGCUCAGCCGGGCCGGAAGAGGAAAUCAGCGUGCCUGGGGACAGACGAGGACUCCCAGGACUCCUCGGACGGGGCCCCCUCGGCUCCCAGGAUGACCGGGAGCCUGGUGUCAGACCGCAGCCACGACGACAUCGUCACCAGGAUGAAGAACAUCGAGUGCAUCGAGCUGGGCCGGCACCGCCUCAAGCCCUGGUACUUCUCACCUUACCCCCAGGAGCUGACGGGGCUGCCCGUGCUUUACCUGUGCGAGUUCUGCCUCAAGUACGGCCACAGCCUGCGCUGCCUCCAGAGGCACCUGACCAAGUGUGACCUGCGGCACCCCCCUGGGAACGAGAUCUACCGCAAGGGCACCAUUUCCUUCUUCGAGAUCGACGGCCGCAAGAACAAGAGUUAUUCCCAGAAUCUUUGCCUCCUGGCCAAGUGUUUCCUGGACCACAAAACUCUUUACUAUGACACCGACCCCUUCCUGUUCUACGUCAUGACCGAGUACGACUGCAAAGGUUUUCACAUCGUGGGCUACUUCUCCAAGGAGAAGGAAUCCACCGAGGAUUACAACGUGGCCUGCAUCCUGACCCUGCCCCCGUACCAGCGCCGGGGCUACGGCAAACUGCUCAUCGAGUUCAGUUACGAGCUCUCCAAGGUGGAGGGGAAGACGGGCACCCCCGAGAAGCCGCUGUCGGACCUGGGGCUGCUCUCGUACCGCAGUUACUGGUCCCAGACCAUCCUGGAGAUCCUCAUGGGGCUCAAGGCCGAGGCAGGCGAGCGGCCCCAGAUCACCAUCAAUGAGAUCAGCGAGAUCACGAGCAUCAAGAAGGAGGACGUGAUCUCCACAUUGCAGUACCUGAACCUCAUCAACUACUACAAGGGCCAGUACAUCCUGACGCUGUCCGAGGACAUCGUGGAGGGCCACGAGCGGGCGAUGCUGAAGCGGCUCCUGCGCAUCGACGCCAAGUGCCUGCACUUCACCCCCAAGGACUGGAGCAAGCGGGGCAAGUGGUGAGGCCACGCCCCGGAAAGCCACGCCCCCCACGUUACCUGGCACGGCUCGUUAUGCAACGCCUGGCCCCGCCCACAGCUGGCGCCACAGAUCCUUUAUUGAGCAGAAAAGGGGUGGGGUGUUACCAAGCACCACCUACAGAGGGAGUGGCUUCAUUUGUGGGUGGAGCCUCCCAUGAACUGCUUUUUUUAAAUAAAAUGAGGUGGGGCUUCCACAGGCUCCACCCACACAGGGA